AUGCGCUCAUUUCUGAAGAAGAAGCCCUUUGCCGCCCGCUCAUUAUCCUCAAGUGAAUCUGAUGAAGAAAGAGAAUAUGAAGUGGAAAAGAUUCUUGAUGAUAAAAUAGGAAAAGACGGAAGAUAUUACCUGGUGAAAUGGUUGGGAUAUGCCAAAAAGCAAUCGACAUGGGAAAAUGAAGAUCGCUUUGAAAAUGCAAAGGAAAUCCUUGAGGAAUACAAGAAAUGCCUAAAAGGAUCGGGUAGGCGAGAAAUGGAGAAGAUUCUGGAUGAUGAAAUGAGAGAAGAUGGGAAAUAUUAUUUGGUGAAAUGGAAAAGAUGUGAUGACUCGAUGAAUACAUGGAGGAAUGAACAAGAGUUCAAACACGAUCGACGAUUGGUAAAAGAUUAUGAAAAGAGAAAGAAUAGAUCGGAGCCUAGACGAAAGAUCGCUCAAGAAAGUGAGGCAAAGAGGAGAUUGAGGCAGAAAACUGUGAAUUCAUCGGUCGAUUAUUAUGAUUGCUUC